CAACUGUGAAAAAGAUUUACAAUAUAUCUAGACAAUGUCAGAGGAAGUCACUUGGUCCACGACAGAAAUGACAUUAACACCAGAAGAGGAAGAUACGAUAGUCACAUUGGUCGUUGUAGUUAUAGGUAUUUUGGCCGCCAUAAUUUUUCUGUUCUCCAUGGGUCUCUUUAUCGACUGCAGAACUCAGAAGAAGGUGGGCGCAACGAGCAAGCGGAAGCGGCUCCGACUGAAGAUGCCGCCUCUGGGUCGGGCACAACGCCAGCAGCGCACGGGAACAAGGCGCGAGGACUCCAAGUGCCUUGCCGCUGACAUGUGCCCGAACGGAGCAAGCGAGUACGCGUCCACGUGCUGCGUGGACGUCAUCGUCUGAGAGGCCCCGGGUGCUUACGUGCCCGCGGACACGUCGCCCAAGCGGAAACUCCUCGACGACCAACGAGGGCUUGUCUGUUUUAUGACGUCAGCCGCUGCAAUCGAACCAAGGGGACGUGCGUUGCUUGCGUGCGAUUUCUUCUCUCCCUCUCCCCCAGCAACGAGCUGGGGCAACGCCACUCAGCACCGCACACUCCCUCUCAGCGAUUAAGGAUGCAGGGCCGCGGCUGUAUGUACGAGCUCGCGUUGACGAUGCAGCAACGGGAUUUUGGCGGGUAACGAGGUGAUCCACUUGCAACUUGUGUAUUGGCCACGAGGGUCCGCGAUCCGCAGCACACCAAGUUCAUUUGCUUUUCAGAGGGAUUUUCCAAAGCUCAUGCCUUACUGCCUUACUGUCGUACGUAGAUCCUUACGACCAUUGUCGCGAGCACGAAGCUUCUGUCCGUGCUCCACGCAAGGAUUUAUUAU